AUGAGCGCCAACCAUCACUGCGAUUAUCUGAUGUGCCUGGUGAAGGUGAUCAAGACCUACCUCGAGCAGCCGCGCAAUCCGGUCAACACGCUGAAGGACAAGCCCGUCAAGCAGGGCGUCAGCACGCCCGUCAAGCGCGGCAAGGGCAACGACGGCAAGGAGAAGGAGGAGGAGGAGAAGAAGGAAGGAGACAACGAGAUGCUCUACCCGGGGCAUGGCUUCGGCCACCCCGUCGACUACAAGAAGGGCAACGACGCCCAGGGCGAAAAGAAGGAGAGUGUGAAGGAGAAGGAUGACGAGGGCCACUAUGAGCUCCUAUACCCGUAU